CGGCUCGCAGCGGGGCUCUGUAGCCUUGUCCCCUCCUCGCUAUCAUGACUGGAGAGACCCAGCAUGUUUACACCAUCCCCGAUGCUGAGGCCGGCCCCAAAGAGCCCGACAAGGACUUCGGCUGCCGUGAAGGCUGCGGGGACGAGGAUGGCAGGGCGCUGGGCGGGGAGGGGACAUCCCCCUUCCCCGGCCACAAGGACAAGGAGCCGCACGGCCAGCGGGAGGCCGUGAUCCGGCCGCAGCAAGCGGGGAAGAUCGACUUCAAAUCCCUCCAGCGCAAGCCCAAGCUGGGCGAUGACAGCGCCUGGGGAGAGGUCAAGGGCAGCGCCCUGUCCCCGCCGGGGAAGGGGCGAGCCCGGGAGCGCGGCCGGCGCUCGGGGAAAGGCGAGCGGGGCCACCAGCAGCUCUACCGGCUCAGCAUCGCCGGCGCCCGGCCCAGCCCCACCAUCGGCAUCGCCUACCCGCAGCAGAAGGUGACGCCGCCCAAGAAGCCGGAGGUGACGCCCGCGGCCGGCAGCCACCGCUUCCACGUGCCCGGCGUCCCCCGGCGCGACGCCGAGCUCCGGCAGGAAGAACUGGGCUUCGGCCGCUGCUCCGCCGGUUAUACCUCACAGCCCGGCCCUUCCCUCGGCCCCAAGGGGCAGCCCCCCGCCGCCGGCAUCCCCCUCAAGAGCCCCGGCACCCACGGGCAGCUACAUUAUUUAGAGUUCCAGGCCAACCGGGCCGAGUCCUGGCCGUCCCCGGAGAAGAGCUUCGCCGGUGCUACCUACGGGAUCUCGGUGCAGAAGCCCAGCUCUUUCUCCGAGGGCGGCAAAGGCGCUGUGCACGGCCUGGGGGCUUUGCCCUGCCAGUUCCCCUUCCAGCUGCUGCACGACCCGGGCAAGGAGACGUUCCGCGGCUCCGCGGGCAGCCAGGAGUACCUGGACGUGGGAAUGGCCGCCGGCGCCCAGCUGGCUCCCGCUGCCUUCGCCUUCCACUCGUCCCCCCGAGAGUGGCCCGAGGAGCCGCUGGGCGGGGGCUCCUACGAGGGCGAGGGGAGGCUGUACGCGCUGCCCGCGCCCCCGCCGCCGCCGCCGCCCUUCCUGCACCCGCAGCGCGGCGCCUCGCCCUGCUGCAAGGGCAGGGCCGAGCAUCCCGCCGACCCCACUGGUGCUCUCCCGUCGUCUGGUGCUAUCGACCAAACCACAAGCACUUUCCAAGAAAGCCCAGCUGUCUUCCCGUCUAGUUUACACUCGCCCGCCAUGCCGAAGCCGGUGGGGAAGGGGCAAGCCCCGGCCAAGGACGGCGUCCCCGGCCCGCGGCUGCUGGUGCAGAGCAGCCCCCUGAGAAGGGCCGUGCCGCCCAACUCCCUGUCCCAAGUGCACUUUCAGAGCAAGGCCUAUUGCGGCUCCCCCGCGGGCAGCGGCGGCGCGGGAGCCGUGCCUUUCGAGACGAGCGUUCCCACUACGGCACCCACCCACCCCAGGCUUGUGCAAGCUUGGGAAGGUGCCACGAAGGCGUUUUCUCCCAUGGACCAGAAUUCAGCACCUUAUUCAAACCCUGUUGGAAACCAGUUCUCAUUCGAGUGCCAGUCUGGCCCCGAGCAGAGGCAGCACAGGCAGAAAAAUGUCAGGCUGCCUUGGCAGCAGAUGCACCUCCCUCCUGCCGUGCCCGGUGCCAACAGGCUGGAGCUGUCGAGACACAUCAGCAGCCAGAAGCUCCCCUUCCCCCUGGGCACGUCGGACUGGCAGGGCAGCGGGAAAGCCCAGAAAGGGCCCCCCAUAAGCAAUUCUCCGGGGUAUCACGGCAAAAAGCUGCUAUCGGGGGAGAGCCUCCAGAGGGGGGAGCCCAGCGCGACGGGAGCGUUCCCCUUUGACGGUGGGAAGGAGCCAGGCUCUCCCGCCUGCGACUCCAGGAGCAAAGCCCUGUUCUACAGUAUGGCUCAAGCAGCUCCUCCUCCCUCACGGAGCUCGUCGGGCUCAGGGCUGGUGCUGCCACCGUCAGCCUUGGUGGCUGCCUCCCCUUGCGAGUCCCCGCUGCCGUCCCCCGUCCCCAACCCCACGUGUGGCAGCACCUGCUCGUCCUUGUCCCCCGUGUCCAGCAGCCCACUCAACCCCGCCUUCGAGGACGGCCAGCUGUCCGGAGCGCUGACUGCCUCGCCCUUCUUCCAGCACCCCUGCCACGCCAAGGAUGCCAACAAAGCCUUCCAUCCCUCCGAGGUUCUGAGUCCCAGCCCGCUCCAUUACCGCCCCCCGGACUCGGCCAAGCCCUUCAGCUUCCCUGCGGAUGCUCUGAAAGACGACAGCCUCCUGAAAUGCGCCCCGGCCAGCCCGUUCCACAGACCGGGCGGGGAGGUGGCCAAAGGAGGCUCGGACGGGCUGGACGGGGAGCAGCCUCCGCCGCCCUACUCCUCCCAUCACCUGCUGGCCACCUCCCUGAGCAGCGCCAGCCUGGACCAGCUGGACGUGCUGCUGACCUGCAGGCAGUGUGACCAGAACUACAGCAACCUGUCGUCCUUCCUGCAGCACCGGCAGUUCUGCGCGGCACAGGGGGAGCCCAGGGAUGCUCCCCGGGCAGCCGAGGGGCGGAGAACGCUCCCGCCGGAGCCCCACAAAGCCCCCGGCCCGGCGCUCUCUCCGGACCCCCAGGGACAUCUGUUGGCAUUAAACAAGGGCGACGACUUCUUGCUGGACGGGGAAGGCAAAAGCGAGGGCAAGGAGGACGCUCUGAAGGGCGGCCUCUUCCACGGCCUGGCCACCGGCUCCCUCCCGCUCAGCGCCUCCGACCUGGACAUCGACGACGCCAAGCUGGACAGCCUGAUCACCGAGGCCCUCAACGGCCUGGGGUACCAGUCGGAUAACCCGGAGAUCGACAGCAGCUUCAUCGACGUGUUCGCUGACGAGGAGCUGCCGGGCGCGAAGGCGGCUGGAGGGGGCAUGGCCCACAAGGCCAAGGAGGGCUCGGCCUCGGAGAGCAAAUCCAAGCAGGCAGCGGAGGAGAAGGCGGCGGGAGAGGCCAAGGCCGGCUGUUUUUGUGAAGAUGGCGGGGAGCAGGGGAAGAGAGGGGCGGGAAAGCAGCACCUUCACAAAGGGAGGGCGGCACGGAGGGCGGCCCCGCCGGAGCCGGAUCCCGCGGCACAGGGAGCGGAGAGGACGGCCAGGCCGAGGGCGGGCAGGAAGAACAGCAUCCCGCCAGCCGGCGCCUCCGGCCAAAAGCAUCCCAGGAAACCCAGCCAAGACCCUCCCAUGAGGAGCGAGGUGGGGCCGGGCAUCGCCACCAAGAGCUCCAAGCCGCCGCGGUUCUCCAUGAAGGACGCGAAGAAGCGGAAGCCCCGAAGCGGGACGUGGAGCAAGGAGCUCAUCCACAAGAUCGUGCAGCAGAAGAACAAGCUCCACAAGCUGCAGGUGAAGAGCAGCAAGCAGGCCCAGGUGCCCCAGGCCACCGAGAGACCGCUGGCAGCCGCCAAGGAGGGCGGGCUGCGGGAAUACGACUACGUGUCCGACUCGGAUGAGGAGGGGGCAGAGUGCAGCAAGCCCCGGGGCAGGAGGAAGCGUGGCACGGGGUUCAUGGGCAGGAGCAGGUACGGCUUCAGCAGGAAACGCCUGGGCAGAAGUGAGAGGGCCAGAGAGAAAGACCCAGCCUGGAGCUACAGCAGGAAAAGGGACGGUCAGGAAAGGGAGGCGCGGGAGGACGGGCAUGUCCCGAGUCAGGAGGAUGCCGAGAAAGAGGACUGUGCACCCAGAGCGCGGAGGCGGAGCUGCCACUCAGCCGCUGGCAGCGACCACAGCGUGCCCAGAGAGAUGGGAACGAGCCCACCCUGCGCUGGUGGGGCUGGGGACAGGGGCAGCACCCAGAGGAGGAGGCGCUCGGGCAGCCCAGCCCGUGUGCCAAGGACUCCCCUCGGCCCUCCCCAGGACGGCAGCCCAAAGACGAGCCAGGAGAGCAGAGAGGACAUUCCCAGGGGGAGCAGGAGGGUUGGCUCAGCCAAACCUCUGCUGGCAGGCUCCAGGAGACGGCCGAGUGCCGAACCAGACGUUGCUGCCAUGGACUGUGCGGAGGAGGAGCCGUCACCACAGCCCCAGGAAAGGCAAAUUCCCGGCACGGCCACCCCGGGCAGGAGCCCUGCCGGCUUCUCCACUAAGGAGGGCGUGGAAGAGCCCCGAGGAGCAGCAAAGCUCCCUGGUGAGGCGGGAGAACCCACCCUGCAGGCUCAGGGCUCUCCUGAGCUCACCGUGGAACACCGGCGGCACCAGUUCGCCCCUUUCCCGAGUGAGGGGCUGAAGUACCACACAGAGGAGGUGAUUGCUCCACCCCACAGCGGUAACAGAUCGAGUCCUGGCCGUGGGAGCGCCACCUGCUCGGAAGCAGGAAUCAAACACGCGAAGGGACAGGGGCUCUGUGACACUGGGAAGGAUUAUCCCGCCCCACCUCCCGCCUACGGGGGCGACGCAGUGGGAAUGAUGCUCACCGCCAAGGAGCCCGACCCCUACGUCAGCAGCGGCAACGCAUUUUUUGAUCCCAAAGGCCUUCCCGGCCACUACGAGGACAACCUCUUCCCAAAGCCCCCCUCCCUGGGCUCCUCCCACAUGGACGACGUGUACCUGUGCCGGGACGACAUCAGCGCCGGCCACUUCGAGCAGAAGCACUCCAGCAUCUCCCCUUUCGCCACGGAAAUGCCGCAGGGCAAGGUGUCCUCCCCUCUCGGCUUCGACUCCUCGUCGAUAUUCGGAGAGCUCCCGGUCCCCGAGUUCGACCCGUACGAGAGCAAGGAUGGGUACGGGACGGGGUUCCCCGGGAAUGCCGCCCGCAAGCCGCUGCCCUUCGAGCAGCCGUACCCGCCCUUCCUGCCCGAGAAAGACUGGUCCCUCAUGGAGGAGGUGGCUCCCAUGCUGCCAGAGGACAUGGCCCAGUUCCACAGCCUCCCCGUGGAGAAGCCGCCAGCCAAGAAAUUCCCCGAGGAAGGGGGUGUCCCCGGCGGCCAGCUCUCCCUGCCGCUGCCGGACAGGGUGGCGGAUUACAGCGUGACUUUCAUGAGCAACAUUUCCGACGACGAGCUGGAGAUCAAGCGCUUGGUCACGGAGCUGGAAAGCCAGCUGCAAACCAGCAAGCUGGACUCGGAGGUGUCCGUCACCCUCCAGAAAUCCGAGCCAAACGCAGGCGCCCACCUGCCAGCGCAGGGGGCCGAGCGGUUCCCGGUGCUGCCGGGAGAGCCGGAGGCGGGCCGGGAGAAAGGGCUGUUUUUGGCAGGAGAGCUGGGCAGGUCGAGCCUCUGCCCUGGGGAGAGGCUGGCCGGGGAGAAGCCGGGCGUGGUGAGCGCCCGAGAGGACUACGAGAGGCCCAGGGAGCCCUGGCCGUGCCCGCUGGAGCUGGGCUCGCUGGGAAGCGGGAUGUGCGUCCCAGCCCCGCUGGCCACAGACCAUUUCUGCUCCAAGGACAACAGUGAGCAGCUCCAGGGAACUGAGCAGAGAGACCUCGGGAAGAUGGAAAAUGGGUCUUCUUCCAAAUGUCUACCUGGCUCAAGCACAGCUGACCAGACAGAGGCUGCCAUCUACACGGACCCUGUGACAAAAAGCCCUCCCCUUGUCACCGACUCCGUGUUCCCCGAGACCACGGGUGCAGCAGAAGUGACCAAAGACCCCCUGGCAUCCCUGCCAUGCCACCGCGAUGCCAAGGGCUUCGCUGUGCCGGGGAAAGCAGACACUGAUCCCGAGGAGCUGGAGAAGUUCGAUGCCUGCCUUCCAAACCCUCCGCCUCAGUUUGGCUUUCAGCAGGAUCCCGCCCCAGCCUCGGAUCUGGCCUUUUCACCCCACGUCAGAGAGGUCCCAGAUAGAGAAGAAAAGCCCUUAAGCAGGACUGAGCCCCCCAAAACAGUGAGAAACGCUGUGGAUCUCAAAGUGGGCGAGGAAACAGAGGAGAGGAAGAGUCCCAACGCCUAUCAAAGCCCUGGCCCCAGUGACAAAGCCUGCAAGCCCAAAGUGCUGCUGUUUGAGAUGCUGAGUGUCCCCAAGGAGAGCGCCCGCCCUUCCCAGGAGGUGAUGGUGGCACCCCAGGAGACCUCUGCCAACCCUCUGCAGCAGCUCCAGCUCUUCGUUGCCCGGACGGUGAAGAACAACGAGGAGGAGCUGUUGAUGCCGUGCUUCCCCGGGCUGCUGGCUCCCGGCCACCCCUGUGCCACCAGCCACGUCCCGACGGAGCACAGGGAGCAGAGCGGUGCUGCCGUGGAAGGGGGAGAUCAGACCCAGGGGGAAGGGGAUAUCCCCGCUGGAAGCAGCUCCGGAAAUGUCGCUGCUGCUGGGAAAGAGGUGCUUUCUCCCGGUGGAUGCGAGCAGCUGGAGUCGUUGGAUGCAGAGGGCUCCUGCCAGGCCAAACAAUCCCCGUCGGCAAAGCCGGAGCUGCAAAAUAAUGUAACAGAGCUGCAGCACUUAGCAAAUGAAGGCCCGGAGCUGAGGGACAUUAAUAUCCCUGCAGAUGGUGUUUCCCAGGAGCGGAAUGACCUCUCACCACCCGACAGCAUCGCCCUGACCUCGCUGCCAGGGCAGGGGAGGAAAGAUGAUCAGCUCAGGGAAGAGCAGGAGGGAGAUAACAGCAAAACGACCUUGGCAUUUAGGAAACAUGAGCAAUCCCACCCCAGCCAUGCUUUGCUGGGGGAAGAAACACUGGGCAGAGAAGAGGGAGAGAGGCUGGGGAGGAGCGGGGUGGGUAAGGGGGCACAGCACCCGGGCAGUGCUCCCACGAGUCCUGUCAGCCCCCCAUGUCCCUCUGAGGGGGAUCUCCCGCAGGAUCACAGCUUGGGGAUGGAGAUAAAAGCCAGCACGGUCAGUGCAGAUGUUCUCAGAGAAGGGAAUGGCGAGUCGUCCCUCAGCGGCCGCCAUUACACGGACUCUCCAGCCAGCCUGCUCUUGCCAGACAAAUAUUCCGACCUCAAACGCUUGCAGAGCAGUGGGGCCCAGCGGGGAGAGGUCCCCAGCUUCGGCACUCAGCUCUCGGGUGAGAAGAAAUUCACCUCCUCCCUGCCUGCAGCCCCAAGCUCACUCGUCACCAAGAGCCGUCCUCCCGAGGCCAGCAGCCAUCACACCCAUCACGCCGUGAGCCCAGCAGAGCAGGGAACCUGGGGAAGGGCACACACCUUCCCUCCCUCGCUGCGCCGCUGCGGGGCUGCGCCGAUGGAAGCGGCGGCGGAACGUCCCGGUCACCGCCCCGACGGCGUUUUGGGUACCUGCGAAUCACCUGGGAGAGAGGGGCCAGCGAGACCCUGCCCUCUGCUGCGUGGUGAUGGUCUGGUGGGCUCUGCCCUGGAGAUGGGCGGUCCCCAGGAAUGCCCUGGGAAGGACUGUCCUCUUCCCUGCUCGCCGCCUUUCCACCGAAAGGGUGUUGGGAAAGAGGUCCCCGAAAAUGCCGGUGCUGAUCUGCCGAAUUCGAAAGAAAACCAAGGAUGUGCCAUCACAGACACAGUCACUAACUCCACCCCUCCAGAGACCCAGGGUUAUCCAACCCAGCCCACAGCGGAUCUCCUGCCCGUGGAAGGAAGGGAGGUCAACCUGAACCGAGAGAACGAGCUUGAGAACUGCUCCCAUGGCAGGAAUAAGCAUCAAAGUGAACCAGAGGCUCUGUCCGAUGUUUUCGCUGUUCAGGACGCGUCAGCUGCCAUCAGCAGAGGUCCCACAAGGGCUGGAGACCUUGGUCCUGCUGAAUUAAACGGCCACGAUUUUUCAGGGACAGCAGAGGUGAGAUUUGGUCUUUCUGAAACCACAGAGAGUGAAGGAAAGAGUUUAAACGGGGAGAAAUCCAAAAGCCACUGGGCUGCAGAAGCUGGGGGUCGUGUGUUAAACAGCGUGGGCCAAGGAGAGGAGCACACACCCAGCAGUACUCCAGACCCAUCCCGAAAUGAACUCCACAAGGGGAAAAAGCCCGGUGGGUUCCCGGUGACCUGUGACAUUUGUUCAGCCACUUUCCGGUCCAAGCCUGGCCUGACCAGGCACAAAGCUGUCAAGCACCAGGUGAAGAACGGUGGUUUGCCACAGCCCAGCAAGGCUCCCAGGUCUCCUCUGAUUCCCGCACACAAGACAUCAAAAGCAGCCCAGAAGGUGCCCAGAAGGAGCCUGAAGGCAUCAGGCAGAGACAGAACCUGCACCGUUGAGCACACUCCCAGGAAAAUACUCCCAGACCUGGAGAAAGAGCCCAGCACGCAGAUGCAGGAGGUGGUCAGCAGAGUGCUCAGCGACCUCAGCGUGAUCUCCCUGGAGAUGUCCCAGGAGCUGCACCGCACUCGCGUCCUGCAGAGGGAGGUGAAGGCAAAGGGACCGCGCCCGGAGACGGGGGGAUCGGGAGAGGCAGCGCCUGGGGAGCUGGAUUCGGGAUGGCAGGUCAGGAAAAGGGAAAAGGGCAGAAGGAGCCGAAGCAAAGACCUUAGAGAGGAGAACAGCGGUUCUGAGAAGCAGCUCAACAGGAAAGUGAGGCGAAGGAAAGCGAAGGUGCCGCCCUGCGGGAAUGAGCCCGGUGGUCCCUGUGAGCUGGAGAAGAACACAGGUCCUGCUGCCCUGAGCUCCAGCCUGCCCGGCACCACGGAGGGCCUGCACCAGCCAGAUGGUUGCACCACGGCAGAGGAGCAAAAGGGGACCAGCACAGCCCAGCACUCCCAAAACGCCAAAGAGCCCUCUUGUGCAGCCCUCGAGCCUGAGGAAGAGCUGGGCAGCAGGGUGGGGUCUCUAGAGGAGAUGGCCAGCGAGGAAUCAGCCGCAGGCACGGUCACCUGUCCUGGGGAGGUGGAAGAUCCAGAUGCCGUGGAGGACACGCAGGCUUGCAAAAAAUGGACUGGCGUGUUGGUGAGGCAAGCGGCCAAGGGAUGGGGCAAGGUGGGCACAGAGCAGGGUGGUGGUGCUGAUGGCACAGAGGACGUGACGGCUGGGGCUGGGGACAGUCCUGCGGCAGGCAGUGACACCGGGAACUGGGGUGGUGCCCUGCAGGGUCCCGCAGCUCCUGCCGAAGGGGCUUUGCUGCUGGAGAGCCAUGAUUUGGGAGCCCCCCGGAAUGUUUCUGGGCAUGGUUCUCUGCAGCCCACGCCGGGGACCGGCCCUCCUCCUGCAGAGCCAAAGCGGUGGGCGGAGGCAGAUGUGUCACCGGGCGGGGACAGCACGGCCACCUCGGACCUCCAGAGCUUUAUCGACGAUGACUCCACGUUCUCCCAGCUGUUCCCCGGGGACGACCAGCUUGUCCGGAGGAAGUGCACGCGGGUGUACGGGAAGCGCAGCAAGAAGCCCAGACCCGUCCCCGAGGCCGGCCUGCAGCCAGCGGGGGCCGUCGACCUCUUCAGCGUCCGCCUGGCUUCUGACCUCAGCGACACCAGCUCCUUCUGCGUCACCAGGGAGGACCCGUGCGAGUACGAGACCAUCUCCGUUGACGAUGCCCUGAUGCUGAACAUGUGCCACGGCAGCAAGGCGAAGAGCGGAGACGCUGCUCCGAACGGAUCUGAAAGCAUCGAGCUGAGGCUGGACCAGGAGACGGCCGACCAAGGGAGGGAGGACAUCGACCUGGAGGACAACAUGCUGGCCUUCUUGUGCCAAAACAGCCACGCGGACAGCGUCCCCGCCUUGAACAUCUGGGGCGGUCUGGAGAAGGAGGGGGAAAGCCUCACUGCCGAGGACAUGUUUGAGCCUCUGAUGGACCUUGAGGAUGAGCGCUCGCUCCCAGAAGUGAACUCCGAGCCCCCCGACCUGGCGGAGGAGCCCUACAGCGCCAAGGAUAACGGGGAUUCGGACUCGCCCGAGUUUCACACCAUCGACGUUGAGAUGCUUGACGCAAAGCUGAAAAUGAGAGACGUGUGCUUCUUCAGCCCUUGCGAGGAUCUUCCCGGCCAUGGCGAGGACGACGCUGUGAGCUUGAAGCCAAAGUCGGGCAAGCACAGGAGCAAGCCGGAAGAUGGGAAACUGGGGAAAAGCCGCGGGGAGAUAACCAUCAAAACCAAAGACAAGCAGUACAAAUGCAAGGUCUGCUUCCAGUGGUUCCUGACGCUGGGGGAGCUGGACUUCCACAAGCUCUCGCACAACCCUUCCCCUCCUCCUACCUGCUACAUGUGCGUCCAGCGCAAAUUCAGCUCCCGGGAGCAGCUCCGGGACCACCUGAAGGAGAAGCACGCCAGGAACAAAGCCGGGCUGUGGGCGUGCGGGAUGUGCCUGAAGGAGAUCUCCGACGUCUGGAUGUACAACGAGCACCUGCGGGAGCACGCCACGCAGUUCGCGCGCAAGGGGCAGGCGCAGAAGUCGGUGAUGGGGCUGCCGGGCUGCUUCGGCGAGGACAACGCCGCCGUCACCCACUUCCUCAACACCAUCAUGAAUCGGAAACCCGGCAGGUCCUCCCGGCACGGCGAGCCCGGCGGCCAGCACGGGGUCGGCAGAGAGAGCAAGAGCCCCAAGGAAUUUCCCCCCGAGCAGGAGAAGGCGAUGAAAGACCCCUUGGAAAGCAACGUCAAAGUGAAGCCACCCGCGCCCAGCUCCUCCAAAGCGUCCUCCAGCCCGUCGCCAGAGCAGGCGGCGAAAAGCGAGAGCGCCCCGAAAUCCGUGCCCAUGCACCCGGACUGCAAGGAUCCUUCCCGGGAUUGCCACCACUGUGGCAAACAGUUCCCCAAACCCUUCAAGCUCCAGCGGCACUUGGUCGUGCACAGCUUGCAGAAGAUUUACUUGUGCCACAAGUGCCCCAUGUUCUACCAGGAGACCAAAGAGCUCCGCAGCCACCUGAGCCAGGAGCACGGCGUGGUGGAGGAGAGGGAGAUCAAGCACACCACCCUGUACGCCUGCGAGCUCUGCGCCGACGUCAUGCACGUCAUCAAGAAGUCCUUCAUCUGCAGCAUGUGCAACUACACCUUCUCCAAGAAGGAGCAGUACGACCGGCACAUGGAGAAGCACCUGGCGGGCGGCAACAAGACUUUCAAAUUCCGCGGGGUCAUGAGGCCCGGCGCUGCCUGCAGGGAGAAGGCGAAGGAGGACGGAUCUCUGCGGGAGGGAAUGCCACCGAGCAAGAAGCGGAAGGUGGCUCAGCGUGGCAGCUCAAUCCCGCACAGGUCACCGGUCCGCCUGGACCCCACAGGUGACCUUCAGCUGGUAGAAGCUGGAAGCCCCAGCCUGCAGGUUCCCACUGCCUCCUUCCCAACGGCACCCGGUGACCUGGGAGCGCCCCAGCCCUCCGUGAAAGCGGGAGUCCUGGUGGGUGACUUCUCGGAGCUCCUGGCAGAGAUGGAGAAGUCCCCAUUUGACCCCUUGCCACCACCGCCCUGCCUGUCCCCAUCUCUGCCACCGGCUGCUGCGGGCAGCCCCGAGCUCGGCCACAUCGCCGGCCUGUCCAUCGAGGAGCUGGAGAAAGGAGCCUUUGAUGGGAAGCCACUUCCUUUCUUGGACUCGCCCGAGUUCCCCAUGGACCUCGCUGGCUUGGCUUGUCACCAGGCCACCAACCAAAACCUGUCCCCUCCCCUCCUGACGCAGAAACACGGCUGUGCCGACGCCCAUAAAAAAACAAGCACAGGCAGCAACGAUGAGUGCAGGGCCUGUGUCCUGGAGGAUCCCAGCGCACACACCAACGCUGUGGAUGGGAUCCCUUUUCUCCAGCUUGCCAAGAAGGCCUCAGAGCUUCCUUCAGCCAAGACAGAGUCUCCACAAGCCACGGAGAUGCACAAAUGGGGCAGCCCCGGUGCCAGUGAUGCCUCCGCCUGGGAAGGCGCAGCUAAGCCCGCGUCUCCAGGAGGUGCCCACCAGCCCCUGCCCCCGAAGGACAAGACAGCGUCACCCGCACUCACCAGAGCUUCCAAAGAUUCGGCGCCUCCAAAGACGGCCGUGGGUAGUGAGGCCGCUCCCGGAGCGGGCAGCCCCGAGGAGGGUCAGCAGCGCAUCUCAGGGAAGGAGAAAUCCCAGCCUGAGGCUACGGACGGUAGCACCAACGCCAAGGACCAAGGCGGCAACCCAGGCAAAUCCAGCGGCCACCAGCCCGGAGGCGAGGCGGCCAGCAACACGGCGAGACACGCGGAGCCGGGCAGAGCCGCCGGCAAGCUUCACCCCAAGAGGAGGAAAGAACACAAGUCCUUGAGCCACCGGGGCAGCUCCGGCUCCCGGGAGAACAUGGAAGGAGACGGGAAGAAGAAGAAAGCCCGGCCACCGUGCCCGGCGAGGAGCGAGAGCGCCGCCGAGCUCAAACGUGGCGGCUGGAGCAACGCCGAGGCUCCCGCCCUGUCCCCCGGCAGGAGGGACACGCACUGCAGCAAGCUGGGAGCCAAGCCCAGGACGGGCCCCCAGCUGAAGAAGAUGGUCCUGGACCCUUACAACCAGAAGAAAGGGGAGCUCCACCACGCCAACGGGGACGUGAAGCGCAGGAAGGCCAUUCUGGGCAAGAGCCUCCACCAAGUGCUGGCCAAGGGGCCGGCGGCAUCCCCGCGCGGCUCCUGGCACAAUCCCCGCGCCGCCCGCGGGGCCAAGGCGGCCGGGCCGGCCAGCUACCGCAGCGCCGAGUCCCAGAACAACCUGCUCAGCCAACUCUUUGGGCAAAAAUUAACCAGCUUUAAAAUUCCUUUGAGAAGAGAUACUUCAGAGUAAUUUAUGGAAGUGACUUACGGUGAUCCUCAGCUGCUUUCAUGGGGUUUGCAAGGGAGGAAAUUAUCAAAGCAUUAAAUUCGUUUGUGUAGCAUGAUUUCUCUGUCUAGCUUAAAUGAACUUGCACUGCAGCCUCUGUGAAAUAGUUUGCUUUGUGUCUACUAAUCUACUUUAAUUCACCUGAUUUAUCAUGCAAAUGCUAGAACUUUGAUGUUGCUGAUGAUUUUCAUGAACUGAAAUUGUAAUCGCUUUGGGCAGACUGAAUCGUCGAGAGCAAUUGCUUUAUUGCAGAAGUGCUGAGGUUAUAAGGAUACUUGCAAAUCUCAGAACCUUUUGAGUCUGUGUCUGUGUUAUCUUUGUACAAAGUACUUGAAGAGAUGAACUUCAUUCCGUAGACGUCUUAUUCAUAAGGUGCAGUACACUGUAGAAAGCAAAUUUUUUUUUUUUUUUUUUUGAAGAUUUUGCACAAAUAAUCCCGUACAAUUCAUUUAAUUGGGAGCUGGCCUAAGCGAUGAUAACAAUUAAAAAAUUAAAUUAAGACCCGAGUGUCCUAUAUUUUGACAGCCAUCCCUAAGAAUUUUGUUUCUACAUCGUCAAGAGAAGAACGACCUAGCUCUGGGGUUCCGGGGCUGUCGGAGCCCUCCAGAGGAUGCUGCCACUCUUUGACCACUGUAGACGAUGGGACUGGAGGAGAAGCGUCCCCGCGAGCAAACUGCACCUUGACACUUGUGACAAACUCUGAUUUUUUAGGGUUUUUUUGGGGGGGUUGGGGUUUUUUUUGUGUGUGUGUGUGUGUGUGUGCACGCGUGCGUGGUUUUUUUCCUUUUUUGUUUGUGGGGGAUUUUUGGGGUUUGGG